ACCCAACAUCAGUGAUCUUGCGACUGUGAUCCGGUGUACUUCCAACAAAAAAAUAAUCCUUCUCUACGUGGGUGCAGCUGCGGAAAACGUGUUUUGUGUGUUUGAGGCGUGCGAAAAUUUGCCUCCCAAAAGGACUUUUUAGUUUCGAACGAAAAAAAAGUUAACGAAAAAGUUAAUCAUGCAUCCAGUGCUACGAUCGUUGUGCGCCGUAGUGGUGCUUAGUGCGGUGGUGUUCGGCGCCACUGAGGAUUAUCAAAGCCAAGGAUUACGUGCCAUCGUACGAGUGUAUGACGAGUGCUCGAAGGCCGAUACAGGAUUCACACCAUGUCUGAAAAAGCGCGCCAUUACUUUUAUCGAUCGUUUGAGCCGCGUUGAAUCGAUUUCCGUUGGCGACAUGAAGGUUGUCCGGAACGAGCGCGCUGCCGCUCUGCAGGACAGUAAACCUUUAACGGAGGUUGAGCUGGAGCAGACCCUGCCACGCGGACUGGAAGCACGUGAUGAAGCGCUGACCAACAUUCUGCUGGACAAGAUUGCCGGAGUAUUCAGCAGCCGGACGAUUCAGAUUAGUCUGCCAAAGCUGUCGAGCGACGAACUUGGCCGCGGGCUGGAAGAAGGUCGUGGCAAGAUGAAGAAAAUGAUGAGCAUGAUGAUUAUGGGCUUCAUGAUGAAGAUGGCCGCCAUGGUUCCGGUGGCCAUCGCUGGACUGUAUCUGCUCGCCGGUAAGGCUCUGAUUGUAUCGAAGAUCGCCCUGCUGCUGGCCGGUAUCAUUGGACUCAAGAAACUGGUCGCCAGCAAACAGCAGGGAGGCGGCGGCGGCUGGUCGAGCGGCGGAUCUGGCCACGGAGGCGGCUGGGACCGGCGGUCUGCCGAUCUUGCUGCAUCGGCCGCUGCACAAAAUUUGGCUUACAACUCAUACGCUAAGAAUCAAGCGUAAGGCAAACACCCCUACAUCCCAAGCUCAAAACUAUUCACACUAAUCACGCUCCAAAAACGGAAAAGUUCCCGAGAUUUGUUGUUUGUUGACUACUAUUACCGUUCGUGAAACCAGGAAACCGGAACACACCCAGACAAUCCGUUCCCCGGAUCAUCCUAUACUUUCACUGCCGAAUGACUAAGAAGAGAUAAAUUAUUUAUUUAUUUAUUUAUUUAAAUUAUUAUAAAAGCAGGCAGCAACUCACACAAUCAGCUCAAGCUCCGAUUCUUGUCCCACCCCUGCGAACGCUACAACGUGUAUCAAUGAGGCUGUUUUCGCGCCCUCUACACAUCUCGCUUGGAACUUUCCCUUCAAAUUCUCCCCCUAUAAGUUCUUUCAACUUUCAACUGAAAUCUAAUAAUUUUCGCGUUUUCCAUGGAUUUUCCUUUGCAAGUAAACCAUUGUCUUUGUUUCCCAUCCCAUCCACGCCCUUCGUUACCCUUUCAUAUACCUAACCUCGUCCAAAUCUACAUACAAUCGCUAUAUCGUCUCUCGGAAGAAGCGAUCUUUUUUCUCUAACAACUCUCUGUAUCUCUUUGAUUUUUCCACCUGCUCUCAUGCAACAACCAUAAAUUGUUGUGACUUAUUCUGAAGUAAGUCUAUGUGCGUCAUUUCCACUCACCUAUAAUUUACUUACCUGCUCUCGGCAAAGUUUUUUCACGACAUCAAUCCCCAACCAUUAUCUGCACCCUUGCAGUGAUGAAAGCUGUAUUUUCUACUAAUCGUAUCGCCUCAAGGGUAUCCAACUGUCUUUAAAAAACACUCUUUCUUUAUGUCUAUUGCCCGUCCACCCCCGUUGAUUACUAGCUUCCCUUUUCAUGGCUUUUCCAUUACUCUGUGCACACAGAAAACCAGUACGUUUUUUGACACAAGACCACAUUUUACGACGCGAAGCCUUUUCUCCUUCUGAUCGGAUCUCCUCUUCAAAAGUACGCUCUCAUUAUUCGCUUCGCAGCUAAAAUGCCACCAGCUGUCAAAAGCAACAGUCAUGUUCAGUCCUCAUAGGACCUUAACCUACUGCAGGUGUCCUCCUCAUAUUUCUAUUAAAGUCUACAAUUGUAACCCUCUUUUAUUAUUAAUCUUAGAAGUUAAAACCGAAACUGUUUUUCCACUAUUAUCUGUGCCGGUAUCUGUUACCCCUCUAACUGUUUGCUGUUAUUUUCCGUAAGGAGUCACCAGCUGAAAAAUGUAUGUUAAAUUAACGCAAAAUAUGUUUUUUUUUAAUGUUUGAUGAAGACGAAUAAGAACCGUAAUGUAAAACGAGAUAUAACGAGCGUGCGGACUUCAUCAGCCGCAUGCUAAACUGCCUCUUCAAUCGGUGGCAUCUAUUCUUGUUGAUAAUUUAUAAGUUGUAUUGUUAGAUAGAACGAACAUGAAGAAAACUUGUUGAAAACCCGAAAACGAAUAAAUGCGCAGAGUUUCCGCGUAGGAAAUCUCAAAAAUUAA